GCUCUCCAAGGCCCGUUGCGGGACCGGUACACGCCCGCGAGGAAGCAGCAGCCCGAGGUAGGCUCGCAGGUCCGUGACGUCCAUCUCUUUCCACUUUCCGGUGUGGCGCAAUCUCCUUUGACCCUCGAGAUUUGUGGCAGCCACAACAGCAGCGUCUGUUGUGUCCUCUUCUUGGUCGCGGAGACAAUUGCUAGCGGCAACGCCGCUCACGAGAAUCCGAUGCAGCUUCAACUCCAGAGUCAAACGACGGGCCUUGCUGCCGCUGCUCCCCCGGCUGUGCCGAGCCAGUGCAACAAGUGCACAGUUGCCAAAAAAUUUGACAUUCCCACCUUGGACUUAAAGGUCUAUGAUGAAUCGCAGACUGAAGUUGACGAGGAGGUGUUUGAGUUUCUUCUAAUGAAACAAGACCUUGGUGUGCUGGAGAUUUGUUUACCCCGAAGCCAAAUCUUGAUGAUGAUCGAAGGCGUUCUCAAAAACAAACCUGGAGGAGAGAGGAUCUUGAAUGAGUAUGCCCGGACAAAAAGCCUAACAGAUAGCAGAAGACGCGAUAUGGUCAAGAUAUUGGUUGCUCAUAUGACAAGUGAACAUGGGACCAGUCCUUCGAGACAUAUUAAAGAGGAUUAUGCAAAGGGAAUCACUGCCUUGUUUCCAUACCUGGCUGAUCCUAGGAGCAAGUUUGGCUAUGAGCAUUUUUACAAUGCAGAAGAUGGGAGUGGGUAUCUGGCAUGGAGACUGAAAUUUGUUCAAAAGGAAUCAUCAGAGGGACAAAAGAAGACCCCACGUCAGUCACUGACAGGUGGUCCAAUAGCUGAUAGAGAGCCCUACAGAGAGGAAAACUGGCUAACCACAGAAAGCCUGUGCUGUGAGGCCAUUGCACUGAUGAAGCAUACAGCUGAUGAAGCAAUUGUCAAGGAGAAGAUGAAGCAGACAUUCAGCUAUCGUCAAAAGAUGGUUCAUGACCCAAUUAAGGCCUCUGAAAUAUUCACAGCUUUUCCAAGAUUCCUAGACAUAGCAGGAAUGAUUGAGCAGGAUUUUAAUCUUAUGUUUGGUGGUGCCACCUCUGCAAAGUUCCUGGAGAAGUGGCCCACUGUCUACAAGCAGAAAGUCCUUGAACAAAGCCGUGGCCUCACACAGACAGGGGAACUUCAAGACCUGGUUCAAAAUGCUGAGUCCACAACAGAAGUGGAAAAUGGAUGGGACAAUGACAUGUCAUCCAUUUUGGUUCUUGUCCACCUUUUGCCACCGUCUCCCCAUGGCCGCAAGCGACCAGGAAAGCUCUCAGCCAAACAAGCCAGUGACCAUCUUGUAAAGUUCAUCAAGGUGAGGUUAAAUUAA